CAUCGCUGUGGAUGGUUCCAGAACCUCGUUAAAACCCAGAGAAGGAUGUGACUUGGCAGCCUGUCAGAGGGAGUUGUUCUCAUCGAAAGGUUUACUUUUAGACUGUGUGUGUGAGUGUGUGUGGGUGUGUGUGUUUGUGAGUGCCACAUAGAGCCUUCUGUUGUACAUGUGUGUAUACAGGCUGACCUACCCCAGCUGUGGAACCUCUGUGUGAGCGUAAGCCUGCAUUUUGGCCAACCUUCUUAGACAAUUGCAAAGAGAGAGAGAGAGAUUCUGAGUGCUUGCAUGUGUGUGUGUGAGUAUGUGAGUGUUGAGUGGUUUCUGAGACGUGCUCUGAAAGCAAGAGCGGAAAAUGCCGGCCAUUCUGGUCGCCUCUAAGAUGAAGUCGGGACUGCCCAAACCGGUGCACAGCGCCCUGCCCAUUCCUCAGCUACAAAACAAUGCCAGGUCCAGGACCUCCAUCACUCACAGGGCCAGCCACCUCAGACACAGCACCCUGAAAGCCCCUCACCAGCAGGGAGAAUGCCGGGGAGAGGAAACGACCACCCCCACUAAAAGGCUCUCAACCACAGGGAGUGACGACCAAGAGGACCCUCAGAUUUACACGGACUGGGCCAACCAUUACCUGGUGAAGUCGGGCCGUCAGCGACUGAUCAAGGACUUGCAGCAGGACGUGACAGAUGGAGUGCUACUGGCUGAGAUCAUACAGGUUGUGGCGAAUGAGAAGAUAGAAGACAUCAAUGGCUACCCUAAGAGCCGGACUCAGAUGAUUGAGAACAUUGAUACCUGCCUUGGAUUCCUGGCAGCCAGAGGGGUGAACAUCCAGGGGCUCUGUGCAGAGGAGAUUCGUAAUGGGAACCUGAAGACCAUUCUGGGUCUGUUCUUCAGCUUGUCCCGCUACAAGCAACAGCAGCAGAAGGUGUUGAAACAGCAGGCCUCUCAUCAGCCAAAGCACAGCUCCCAGCCUGGACAUACUCCCCAUAGAUCACCAGCCCCCUCUCACACCCACAGCUCCACUGCAUCAGAACACAAAGCAGCAUCAGAUAUGCUGUCCAGUCUAUCAACCAAGGCUUCAACCACUCAGAGUAAAGGGCUAAAGCUCUCUGUGGCUCAGAGAAAGUCUUCUAGACUGCCAGGCCCCACCACGCGAGUCUCAGCCCCAGGCAGCGAGGGGAAGCUUCGCGGGGCCUCCAACAGCAACCGCCGCAGCCAGAGCUUCAACCACCAUGACAUGCCCAAGUCCUCCAGCAGUGACAGAGAGAGAAGCACCGCGGCCUCUCCCAUCAUGACUGAGCACGGUCUGUCUCCAGAGCCCAUCAAUGGCUGCUCUUCCUCCUCCAACCCCCAGCCCAAUGCAGGCAACAGCAGCAAGCCCUGGAGGAGUAAGUCCCUGAACACCAAGCACAGCACCACCUCCUCCAUGCUGUCCGUCAAACAGGACCCUCCCACCAGGCAGCCCGCGGCCACACCCCUAGCAGUCAUCGCCCAGAAGUCCAUGCUGGAGAAAUUCAAGCUUUUCAACAGCAAAGGAGGUUCCAAGGCAACUGGAGUCCUGACUGACAGGCCGACAGGGCAGGAGACGGAGUCGAUGGAGUCGCGUCCCACCAGCAGUGACCACCUAGAGGAGGCAGAGGGGAACUCCCGGCCCCCCAGUGUCAUGGCGACCAGCCCCAAGCUUGCCCUGAAGGGCAUUGCCCAGCGCACCUUCAGCAGGGCCCUCACCCCCCAGAAGAGCUCUCUGAAGACUGGGGAGAAGGAGAAGGCCAGGCCCAAGGAGAGGGACAAGGCCUGGGAGGGAGGCUCCAAGCGGGGGUUCAUCACAGAGCAGGAUGAGCCCAGGGAUGACACCAGGCAGGAGGGAGUAGGUUCAGACUCAGCAGAGCCCAAGAGGAACACUAAGAGUACCAGCCUCAUCCCAAAAGGAGGCAAGGCUGGCAGUGGCAAAAAGGAGGUUUCAGCCCCAGCAGCACACAGCGGAAUACAAAAGCCAGGGUUCAAGGCAGGGAAGACCUCGGGGGUGCCCUCUUCUGGUCGAGAUGGAGACAGGCCCAGCAGUUUGAGGGCCGGUGGGGGUGGUGGCCACUCGGUGCACAAGUGCCAGCUGGACAGCAGAAGCUCCAGCUCCUGCUCCAGCCUGGCCUCCUCUGAAGGGAGGUCUCACCAUCAACACCACCAUACCAACGGAGCUCCCCCAGUGGCCACUACAGCCAGCAACACCAUCAGUGUCCAGCUACCUCAUCCUCAGCAGCAAUACAAUCACCCCAACACUGCCACUGUUGCACCAUUCAUGUACAGGUCUCAGCCUGAUGUGACUGGAGCAGACAUGAUGAUGGAGGCAGUGGGGUCACUUGAAGGUCACAGAGAGACUGCAGCCAUCAGCAAGUCAGCAGACAACUCCCAGGAGGACCUCACAGGUGAAGACCCUGAGGCCAGGCGGUUGCGGACGGUGAAGGACAUUGCUGAUCUGAGGCAGAACCUGGAGGAGACCAUGUCCAGCCUGAGGGGAACACAGAUUAGCCACAGCACCCUAGAGACCACCUUCGACAGCAGUGUCACCACCGAGAUCAGCGGGAGAGGCAUGCUCAACCUGUCCCCCCGCCCCAACCCAGCGCUGCCCUGGCGACUGUGCCCCUCCAGCCCACGUCUGCAGGCAGGCGACGCCCCCUCUGUGGGAAAUGGGUACGCAGUGGUGAUGCGGGGCAGCUCCAGUGGCAUGGUGAGCCCAGAGGAUGGGCGCUACCUCCGCAGCAGGCAGACACCAGGACAGGAGAGUAACACUGUGUGUGACCUGUCAGACAAGAUGGAAGAGCUGGAGGGCGUUGCCAUAGAGACCACAGGGUACAUGAGCGAUGGGGACGUGUUAGGGAAGAACAUCCACAUGGACAAAGUCACCAGUGGCUACAUGACGGACGGUGGGGUGGGCAUGUACACACGCCGCCUCAACCGCCUGCCGGAUGGCAUGGCUGUGGUCCGAGAGACACUCCAUCGUAACAGUUCCAAGGGCCAAGGGGACGCCACCGACAGUUGGGACGACAGCAGCUCGGUGAGCAGUGGGGUCAGUGACACUAUCGACACAGAUGACAUCAACACCAGUUCCUCAGUCAGCUCCUACGUCAACACUCCGUCCGUCUCCUGCAAGGACAUAGAGGGACAGCUCCAGACAGACGCAGAGAAGCACCUGGCCAUCGAGCAGAACUCUGUGUGGUCCGGCAGCGACGAAGUUAAGAGGUCAGACGGUGUCUCGGACAACGGGGUCAAAAUGGAGUCGGGCUCCAAGUAUUGCCGCCACCCCUCAGACAUGUCGGACGAGUCGGACAGGAGCUUCUCGGGCCGCAAUACGCCCUCCGUGGCCCACACAGGUUCCUGGAGGCGGGGAAUGAGCGCCCAGAUGGGCGUAACCUCCCCCAGGACCAAGGCCCCCAUCACGCCAGGCUGUGCAACUCUGAAGACCCAUGUUACAGGUAAAACGGACGACGCCAAGGUGUCUGAGAAAGGCCAACAUUAUCUCUCUCCCCGGGCCAAGUGUAGCAUGCAGCGCUCCCCAUCAGACACGGGCCGCAGCAGUGGAGACGAGGCCAAGAAGCCCCCCUCCUCCUCCAGCUCCAGCCGCACCCCCACCACCAACACCUUUGGAUUUAAGAAGCAUGUAGGAGGAGGUAUGACCAUGGUGACAGCCAGCGGAGUGACCAUCACCAGUGGCUCAGCCACCCUGGGAAAGAUCCCCAAGUCAGUGCAGCUCCACGGGGGUCGGGGUCUUGGUCGCCAGGCCAGUGUGGAUGAUGGCUACCUACCUGUGAGCUCACACUCCACCCUGCAGUACCGCAGCCUACCCCGGCCCAGCAGAGCCUCUGGUGGGGGACGCAGCACAAGCCGCUCGUCCAGCACCAGCAUCGACUCCAAUCUCAGCAGCAAGUCCAACACGCUCCAUGGCCCCAAAAGCCGCAGCCAAGUCCCCAAACCCAGCGCUGGUGGCACCCCCCUUCCUGGCUCUGGAGCCAACCAGACAGACCGGGAGAAGGGGGUGUCCUCUGAAGCCAGUCCCACAGCCCCGGGAGCCAGGCAACCAGGGGGAAAGUACCCAGACGUCUCCUCCCCUACCAUGCGCAGACUGUUCGGAGGCAAGCAGGGCAAGCAGCAUGCCCCAGUCACCACCGCAGAGAACAUGAACAACUCCACUGUCAUCUCCAACCUCCACGCCAACUCUGGCCAGCAGGGCGGCGCUCUGGACUCCCCCUCAGCCAGUAGCGGGGGCAGUAGCCCUCUUUAUGGGGGUGGAGGUCGUCUGGGUGUGGAGGCACACUCCCUGUCCCCCCUGGCCUCCAGUCCCAGUUCGGCCCUGUCCACCCCCUCCCACAGCCUGGCCUGGAACAGCACCCUGAGCAGGGACACUCUGAGCCCCGGCUACCCCUCCCUCAGCAGCCUUGCCACCAGCAGCGAGUCCAUCGACCUGUCUCUGGGCAGCGGAGGCCACGGACACCACGGCCCUGGUCACGACACACUGCCAGCCUGCGUCAGGAACAACGGCAUCAAAACUGGCUUCUCAGACAGGUACGGCCACCUGCCCCAGCUACGUAGUCAUGACGACCACCGAGAUUGGCUGCGUUCCCACUCUGCAGGAGGUCUUCAGGAGUCUGCCGCCAGCUCACCCUUCUACCCCACCUCCAGCCUCACCUCGCCCUCCGGAGCCCGCUUCAACUUCUCCCAGCUUGCAGGCAGCCCUACCACGGUGGCACAGAUCAACCUGGCAAACCUCCGCAGCGGCCUGGCCAAUCAGGAUGGUUCGUAUGACCCAUACAGUGACCCCCGUCUGAGGAACUCAUCCAUGUCUCUAGAGGAGAAGAGUCGCACCAUGACCAGCUCUGGGUCCUUCAGAGAAAGCCUGGAGGAGGUCCACGCCUCCUCUGUGUCUCUGGUGUCCAGCACUUCGUCUGUCUACUCCACGCCUGAGGAGAAAGCUCAGUCAGAGAUUCGUAAGCUGCGGAGAGAACUGGACGCCUCCCAAGAGAAGGUGUCUGCUCUGACCACUCAAAUGAGUGCUAAUGCUCACCUGGUAGCAGCAUUUGAGCAGAGCUUGGGGAACAUGACCAUCCGACUCCAGGGACUUACCACCACGGCUGAGCAGAAGGACUCUGAGCUAAACGAGCUGAGGAAGACCAUAGAACACCUGAAGAAGCAGAAUACCCCAGUCCAGGCAGCCAUCAACGGUGACAUCAAUCUCCCAGAGACCUCCUGCAACGGUGAUAGGUCAGCUUCAGCCAAUGAGAGCUCCCAGUCUCACCUGGACCUGCGUAUCCACAGACAGCACUCAUCUGACAGUGUGUCCAGCAACACAAGCGCCACCAGCCACUCCAGUGUGGGCAGCAACCAGGAGCUGGACUCCAAGAAGAAGAAGAACUGGCUGCGGAGCUCCUUCAAGCAGGCAUUUGGGAAGAAGAAGUCGCCCAAGUCUGCGUCCUCCCACUCAGACAUUGAGGAGAUGACCGACUGUUCCUUGCCCUCCUCCCCCAAGCUAACAGCAUAUAACUGCUCCACCACCUCUACACCCAUGCUCCAGAACUCCCACUCCAACUCUUUGAUCUCAGAGUACACAGACAGCGAGGCGGAGAAGGUGAUGGGGCUCCGCAGUGAGCUCCGAGACAAGGAGAUGAAGCUGACUGACAUACGCCUGGAGGCCCUCAGCUCCGCCCACCAGCUGGACCAGCUCAGGGAGUCCAUGAACCGCAUGCAGGGCGAGAUAGAGAGGCUGAAGACCGAGAACGACUGUCUGAAGAUGGAGAGUCAGGGCAGCUGCAGCAGAGCAGCCUCACAGGCCUUAGUGGCCUCACCCUCAGCGGGCCAGUCAAAGCACGGCCUCGCCCUAACAGAGUCCACCAGCCUCGACAUGCUGUUGGAGGACAGCGGGGACGGUAGCUCACGGAAAGAAGGACAACACGUUAAGGUGGUCGUAACUCUGGAUGAGGACACCAAGUGGAAAGAGGACCGUAGACCUUGUCAUUUCCUGAUUGGUUGCAUUGGUGUCAGUGGGAAAACUAAGUGGGAUGUGCUUGAUGGGGUGGUCAGACGUCUCUUCAAGGAGUACAUCAUCCAUGUGGACCCAGUCAGCCAGCUGGGUCUAAACUCAGACUGUGUCCUGGGCUAUAGCAUCGGGGACAUCCAUCGCACCAGUGGGGCUGACACCCCUGAACUCCUGCCCUGUGGAUACCUUGUUGGAGAUAGUGACACCAUCUCUGUCUACCUCAAAGGUGUGUGUGAGCACAGCCAGGACAGCCUGGUAUUCGAGACACUGAUUCCCAAGCCCCUGCUGCAGCGCUACGUGUCCCAGCUGCAUGACCACGGCAGGAUCAUCCUGUCUGGCCCCAGCGGCACUGGAAAGAGCUUCCUGGCCAGCCGGUUGGCCAAACACAUGGUGCUGAGGGAGAGGAGAGAGGUCACCGAUGGGACCAUUGCCACGUUCAACGUCGACCACAAGUCAAGGAAGGAGCUGUGUCAGUACCUGUCUAACCUGGCUGACAAGUGUAAUAGUAUGAGUCAUGGGGUGAACAUGCCCCUGGUGGUCAUACUGGACAACCUGCACCGCAGCAGCUCCCUGGGAGAGGUCUUCAAUGGCCUGCUCAGCUGCAAGCACCACCGCUGGCCUUAUAUCAUUGGAACAAUGAAUCAGGCUACAUCGACCACUCCCAACCUCCAGCUUCAUCAUAACUUCAAGUGGGUGCUGUGUGCCAACCAUACUGAGCCAGUGAAGGGCUUCCUGGGUCGGUUCCUGAGGAGGAGGCUGAUGGAGACAGAGAUCAGCAGCCGACAGCGUAAUGCUGAGCUGGUGAGGAUCAUCGAGUGGAUCCCUACUGUCUGGCAUCACCUCAACCGGUUCCUGGAGUCCCACAGCUCCUCGGACGUCACCAUCGGGCCCCGCCUCUUCCUGUCCUGCCCCAUGGAUGUGGAGGGAUCCAGAGUGUGGUUCACAGAUCUGUGGAACUAUUCCAUCAUUCCCUACAUGCUGGAGGCUGUCCGAGAGGGGCUGCAGCUGUAUGGGAGGAGAGCUGCAUGGGAGGAUCCAGCACAGUGGGUGGUGGAGAGCUAUCCCUGGGCAGCCAGCCCCCUGCAGCACGAAUGGACCCAGCUGCUGAAGCUCCGGGCAGUGGACGUGGGAUUCGAUGGAUACUCCAUCUCCAAAGACGGCUGUCCCAGCAAGCAGCUUCCCCAGGGAGACACUAACGGAGACCCCCUGAUGAACAUGCUGAUGAAGCUAAAGGAAGCGGCCCACUGCUCCGCCAGCACUCAGAGCUACGACAGUGACUCCAACAGCAACCAGGAUCACCAUGACAACACCGUGCUGGACUUAUCACUGGAGUGCACACUAUGAGUCUCACUGGGGCAGAUAAUACUCACUGUGGCUGGGACACAUCCUAACUUGAGAUACCUUUGUGUUAAUCAUCCAUUGACAUCAAUGGGAGACUGAUAUGAGGUUAUGUAUUUGAAGUUAGAAUUUGGACUUCUGUAAUUUCAUAUCUUUAGGCAGACAUAUUGCAUAAUAGCUGGAACUCACUACUUUCCAAAAAGGGUUCUUCAAAGGGUUCUCCUAUGGGAAGCCGAAGAACCCUUUUAGGUUCUAGAUAGCACCUUUUAUUCUAAGAGUGUAGGCCUUACAGGGCUAUUAAAUUCCGGUCCUGAAGGGAUGAAAUACUUCUGUUUUUUCAUCCUCUCCUUCUACUUCAGAUCUGGAAACCACUUGAAUACAAUUAACUACCAGAUAGAAACAAAAAAACUGAAAUGUUUCUCCCCUCCAGGGCUGGAAUUGAAUAGCCUUGGGCCAUACUGGGUGCUGGUAACCCAAGAUAAAAAUCCCAGUCAAAGUUCAAUAACCUGAAUAAUUUCAACUCAGUACUCUACUAUUUUCAAUGUUUAUUAGGAGUCUGUUUACAAUCACAGGCAAAGACAGUCAACCAUAUAAAUAAAUGACAAAUCUUAUGAGACGUCAAACCUGUUGCCUUGACUGUGACCUAACCUAGGCUAUAGCUCAUGAGAUGUCAAACCGGUUGCCUUGACUGUGACCUAACCUAGGCUAUAGCUCAUGAGACGUCAAACCGGUUGCCUUGACUGUGACCUAACCUAGGCUAUAGCUCAUGAGAUGUCAAACCGGUUGCCUUGACUGUGACCUAACCUAGGCUAUAGCUCAUGAGAUGUCAAACCGGUUGCCUUGACUGUGACCUAACCUAGGCUAUAGCUCAUGAGACGUCAAACCUGUUGCCUUGACUGUGACCUAACCUAGGCUAUAGCUCAUGAGAUGUCAAACCGGUUGCCUUGACUGUGACCUAACCUAGGCUAUAGCUUAUCAGAUGUCAAACCUGUUGCCUUGACUGUGACCUAACCUAGGCUAUAGCUCAUGAGAUGUCAAACCGGUUGCCUUGACUGUGACCUAACCUAGGCUAUAGCUUAUCAGAUGUCAAACCGGUUGCCUUGACUGUGACCUAACCUAGCCUAUAGCUUAUUAUAUGUCAAACCGGUUGCCUUGACUGUGACCUAACCUAGGCUAUAGCUUAUGUGGUCCAAACUGAGUAGCAAUAACUGGAUAUACAUUCACUCAGCUGCAUAGAGCUUUUUUUUAUUUAUUUUUUAUUUCACCUUUAUUUAACCAGGUAGGCUAGUUGAGAACAAGUUCUCAUUUACAAUUGCGACCUGGCCAAGAUAAAGCAAAGCAGUUUGACACAUACAACAACACAGAGUUACACAUGGAGUAAAACAAACAUACAGUCAAUAAUACAGUAGAAAAAUAAGUCUAUAUACAAUGUGAGCAAGUGAGGUGAGAUAAGGGAGGUAAAGGCAAAAAAAGGCCAUGGUGGCGAAGUAAAUACAAUAUAGCAAGUAAAACACUGGAAUGGUUGAUUUGCAGUGGAAGAAUUUGCAAAGUAGAGAUAGAAAUAAUGGGGUGCAAAGGAGCAAAAUAAAUACAGUAGGGGGAGAGGUAGUUGUUUGGGCUAAAUUAUAAAUGAGCUAUGUACAGGUGCAGUAAUCUGUGAGCUGCUCUGACAUCUGGUGCUUAAAGCUAGUGAGGGAGAUAAGUGUUUCCAGUUUCAGAGAUUUUUGUAGUUUGUUCCAGUCAUUGGCAGCAGAGAACUGUAAGGAGAGGCGGCCAAAGGAAGAAUUGGUUUUGGGGGUGACCAGAGAGAUAUACCUGCUGGAGCGCGCGCUACAGGUGGGUGCUGCUAUGGUGACCAGCGAGCUGAGAUAAGGGGGACUUUACCUAGCAGCUUGACCUGUGUGCAUUUUCUUAGUGGAGAGGCACACACCAUGGUGGACAUAUUUGUUAUGCUUAACUUUCAAAUGAUGCCUUGCUACUUUUAUAACAACGGUGGUAACACGCAUGCCUUUAAUGAACAUGAUUUCUAUAGAGGCUGUGCAGAGUUUAGGUGCUGGCUGCUAGCUUGUUCAGACUUUGAUGAAAACACAUCCUUUCUGUGCACCUAGCGGGUAGCAAAAAGGUCUAGGCUUUGUUCGGGAUUUUUUUAAAUCAGUGAUGCUUAUAGGGUUUUUUGGUGCUCUGCUUGGGAAAAUGUGAAUUUAUUGACAGAAUUUUUAAAAUAUAUAUUACCUCAUGAGUGUUUCAAACAGUAUCCCAACCGUGCUUGUUUGUCUUUUAUUCAGCUCAAAACGGAGCGCAAUCCCUGCAUGAAAUGUUUCAACCCAGUGUUUCUCUUAUAGAGGCACUUUGGACAUGUAGACCCACAUCUGAAAGGUCCCAGUCUAGAAAGGAAUCAGAGCGACUGCAUGGCUUUGAGACAGAGGCUGGCGUGUCUAGUCAUUCAAUCUGGAGAAUUAGCACCAGGACCAUUUGCAUCAAGUGUUAAUGGGAUCCCCAGUGUUGCUGUAUUGGAGUGACUAGAAUUGAUUCCCUAAUAAGAUGGAGUUUUUUCUGAGUGGCUUAUGCUACUACGAGGCACCACUUUGGUUGCUCCCCCUCACAAGGUCCCCAUUAUCUGCCAGUGUUGUUGCUGUUCAUCCUCUGAGUGUUCUUAGAAACAAAUGCUAUGCAAAUUUCAUUUGGAAUUUUUGACUAAAGCCAAAACAAAAAUUCACUUCCAUUUUUACAUAUUGUCAAAAGUUGUAUUGUAAGUACAUUGAUCUGUGAAUAUUUUUGUGAGGUUUGUAUUUUCACUACCAUAUCUUACUGGAUUGUAAAGGGUGAUGCAAGCACAAAUAGAAAAGGUUUGUUUUUCUUCUCUUGGUCCCACAAAGUUUGGAUGUUGGAAUGUUGUGAAAAAGGUGUGCUAUUGAAUCUAGUUGUUAAUAAUGUUUAAUAAUUAUUUGAUAUGUGCAUUUUGCUUACGUAAAAAAAAAUGUAAAUAUUUUAUCUGAAUCCCACGUUUUGAAAUCUUGUACAGAAAUAGAGAGUAGUCAUUUGUGUACAGUUUGGUUUAUAGAUUGUAUGUUGUUAAUAUGUUGUCAAUAAUUUAUGUGAAAUAUUAUGAGACUGAGAAUAAAUCUGGUCACGAUA